CUGACUUCCAAAUACGGCGGGCGGCUGUGAGGAACACGCUGCCCCGGAACAGCGCUUCUACCGCCGCGCCGGAGCUGGAGGUGAAGCUUGUUGAACGUGUUGACGCCAUCGGAGGACGAUCAAACCGCAGCCGUCAGCGACCGAAGCCGCCGUGCGCCCGCACUUGACCGCGCAGACAGGGGAGGGGCGGCGGCGUGUCUCGUGUAUAGUACCGUGGAACACAGAGUUCCAGCUCCAAAAGAACACGCGUCGACGGGACGCAGGCAGCACCUCGACCCCGGCUACAAGCUAACACCCCCUCGGUUGUUGAGCACGGCGUCGUUGGAACAGCGCUCACUUCAAUCCUUUGAUCGGCUGGUGUGGUUUUUGUGAGAGCUUUUCGAGCCAAGGACGUCGUCGUGAACAACUACAACAAAGGAGAUGAGCACCAAGAGGAAGGCAGAAAGUCACUCGAGGGCAGCGAGCAGACCGCGCAUCAUGAAGUCCGGAGGCUCCCGUGCUGAUUCGGAGAGGGACUCUGGAUUCUCAGAUGCAAGCUCAGAGCAUAUGAGCACUAUGGACACCACAGACUCUGAGGAUUCGCCCCGCCCUGUUGUGCAGCAGGGACCACAGGCGUCUGGCUCUCGGGUGGCUGUGCUAGGAGGCUCCUACUCCAACCUCUCUCGCAUGAUCAUCAUGAACAAUGUCCUCCUGAAACCGCCUGAAAACAACCCUCCUGCUCUAAAGCCUUGGGGCUUUAGUCCCGCUGUGGAGGUGGUUCAGCCCGUGGUCCAGCAACCUCAGGUAGUGUUCCUCCAGCCUGUGGUCUCUCAUCAAGCUUCCCCUGCCUCUAAAGAGACCACCUCCAGACACAAACGCCCUAAGAAGUAUCUUCCAAUCCUGAAAUCCUACCCCAAGAUUGCACCACAUCCCGGAGACAAAUCCUCUUCCUCAGGGAGAGGAACUGCGUCCUUGUCUUCACCUUCCUCCUCCUCCUCCUCUUCUUCUUAUUCCUCUUCCUCCUCAACGGAUUCAAAGAGAGGUAACAGUCUGACCUCCAACCACCGUGAACACUGUCAAAGAGAAAAACAGCCAAGAAGUGUGUGUGGUAGUGUUAGUAGCUCUGACUCGAUCAUUACCAGUCUUCCUGGUGUCCGUAGCACCGUGUCUUCCCGUCUCCAGAACCGACUUUCUUUCCCUACAUCAGAAUCCAGCGCCAACAGUAGUCCUGCCAGGGAGAGGCCUUCCUCAGCCAUCAGCCAAUCAGAGUUUACCACCUCCCUUUCGAUCACUCAGACCACAGAUUCCAAAAAACAGACACUCCCUUUUCCACGGGUGGACGCCCAGGAGAACAUUAUGCUGGAAGAAAGUGACCUAAGUGACAAUGAUGCUGAUACAAAGAGGAAGCGCUUCUGCAACACCUACAACAUUCUAAACAAAUCUGGCCUGCUCGACAUUACUCUUCGUACCAAGGAGCUCCUCAGGCAGAGCCGACACACCCAGAACGACCUAGACCGGCUGAAGGAACACACAGACCUCUUCUUUCAGGCCCUGCGGAGCGGUGACACUAGCAUCUGUAUUAAGCUGCAGGCCAGCCUUCAGGAGGAGGACAGAGAGCCAGAGGGGGAGAGAGCUGCUCAGACCAGCUUAAAGGCAGAUUAAACCUGGGUUAGUGCAAGACAGUGAACCUUUAGUCUGGGAUGGGGAAGGGAAGGCCAGGGUUGGGGGGCGUCACAGCGUUGCAGAGACAGAUGGACCGAAAGUAAUGUGCUCCACAAUAUAUACCCACCCCAGAUUCUCUCACACAGACAGUGUGCUGUGGCCUACAUUUUGGCUGCUGCCUGCCCAAGGGCUCUGACACACCAAGCUGACCUCACACAAUUGAUGCAGAUGAAGACUCUUUGUGGCCACACAGCUUCUGAUAAAAGUCCCACUCAAACUCAUUGCAAGAAUAUCUAUACGAAUGAUACUGUGUAGCUUUUAAAAGUUGCCUGCAAAUUUAGCUUUGCUGUACCUGAUGGGGUCAGUCUAAUGUGUUACACUUGUAGAAAGAGAAAAGAUGUAAAAAGUGAGUGAUGGUCAGCCGCUCGCAUGAAGCUUGAUCACCAACUGUCGACUGGAUGUGUCAGGGAUCAAAGGAAAGAACCACAGCACACUGACCCUGAUUACAACUCUUCCACUGAAACUGCUGCACAGAACUAUUUGUCUCAUUGGCAAUCAAGACCCAAAACGAGAGGAUUGGAUCGAACGUAUGAAGGGAAGAACAAAAAGAAAACCUUUUCUAUGUAUCAAAAGCACAACAGAGGCUCAGAAUCUGAAAGUUUGAUUGAUUAAAACACCGAGGCAUAAAGUGCACAAGUCAAAAACAAAUUCAGAUUUUUGCAUCAUUCAUGCUUUCUUUUAUGCUAUGUUACACAUAAUACAAAAGAUAACUUUGUGCAGCAGUUACCAAUUAUGCACAAUCUCUGAUUACGACAGGCCUAAGGGAUGAAUGUGUUCAGGCCUUCUGCCAGUCAGCAUCUUCUAACAUGUGCCUAACGGGUCUUUCAGUUCCUGUUGUGUUUUAAAAACUUGAUGUGAAAGAUUUAUUAAGGCCAGUCGACAGUUUCAAAUUCAGCAUUCCCAUCAUGUUUGCUGUGAUACGAGGCCAACUGUCUGCCAGUAAAGCUCCUAACGGCCUUUUUAAAUUCUUCCCUGGUGACAUCCUGUUAUCUUCCUGUAGCGCAACCAUUGACUUAUGUAAUAUUUGUUUUAUAUAUGUAUAUACGCAUGGUUGUAAUUUAAUGUGAAAUGUAUGAAAUAAUUGUGAGUCCACUUAGACAAUCAAGUGUCUUGAUGAAGAGCAGUUGUCUUGCAUAACCUUCAGGCCUCUUGCAUCCACGGUUUUGAUCUUCUAUUCAACAAAAAGUCCAUCAGUUAGACUAUCUAAAUCUGGAACAGUUUUGUGUUUAUUGUUGCAUAUUUGUACGUUUCUAAAUUAUGGCCUUAAUAUCCAAAUCCUGAGUCUGUCACAGACCUUUGAAUUUGCACUAAAAUGAUGGAAGAGAAGCUCUCCUGGGCAGAAUUAAAUGGCAGCUAUGGGAAAUAAUUAUUUGCAAACAAGAUUGCAAACUUCUUAUUUUUCAAGUGCAUUGUGAGUCAUCAUAAGCACAUUACCAGUAAAUACAUACUGCUCCUACAGUAAAGUCGUACAUUAGAUUAUACUAUGAGAUUUUACCAUUACUAGCAGUUUUCUCAAUAUUAAACAUUGUUUAUCAAAUGUCUGUUUAUUAAACUAUGAAAUAUUUGUGAGGAUAAUGUGCUUGUUGUGCUUAUGUUGACUUGAAAUGACUCACAAGGGAAUCGUUCUAUCCAACUUCUGCCAUUUUAAACCAUGUCCAUCUGAACAUCAUUACAGUUGUGAGGGUCAUGUAUUCUGUGACAAACCAAAUCUCAGAAACAUGGCCUCUUGUUAAUUUAAUGUGUUUUUUGUCUGUUUUGUUUUUGUAGGAACUAAAGCGCACAUGAAAUUACAGCCUUUAUUUUUGUUAACCGAAUGACACAACAAGAGUUAAUGUUUUAUUCAGUCGUUCUUGCUGAUUAAAUCGUUGACCAGAGGCA